ACACACACACACACACACGUCUUAUGUAACCGGGCCCCGAUAGAGCAGGGCUCCAGAAAGCAGAAACGGCGAGCCCGGCUCCCAGGAGCAGGUCUCGGCCCCCGCUAGGGGCCCCGGCCUUGCGGCCGGAGGGAGCGGCCGGAUGGAGCGGAGGAUGAAAGGCGGAUACUUGGACCAGCAAGUGCCCUACACCUUCAGCAGCAAAUCGCCCGGAAAUGGGAGUCUGCGCGAAACGCUGAUGGUCCCGCAGGGGAAGCUCAUGGACCCGGGCUCCCUGCCUCCCUCCGACUCCGAAGAUCUCUUCCAGGAUCUAAGUCACUUCCAGGAGACGUGGCUCGCUGAAGCUCAGGUACCAGACAGUGAUGAGCAGUUUGUUCCUGAUUUCCAUUCAGAAAACCUAGCUUUCCACAGCCCCACCACCAGGAUCAAGAAGGAGCCCCAGAGUCCCCGAACAGACCCGGCCCUGUCCUGCAGCAGGAAGCCGCCACUCCCCUACCACCAUGGCGAGCAGUGCCUUUACUCCAGUGCCUAUGACCCCCCCAGACAAACUGCCAUCAAGUCCCCUGCCCCUGGUGCCCCUGGACAGUCGCCCCUGCAGCCCUUUCCCCGGGCAGAGCAACGGAAUUUCCUGAGAUCCUCUGGCACCUCCCAGCCCCACCCUGGCCAUGGGUACCUUGGGGAACAUAGCUCCGUCUUCCAGCAGCCCCUGGACAUUUGCCACAACUUCACAUCUCAGGGAGGAGGCCGGGAACCCCUCCCAGCCCCCUACCAACACCAGCUGUCGGAGCCUUGCCCACCCUAUCCCCAGCAGAGCUUCAAGCAAGAAUACCAUGACCCCCUGUAUGAACAGGCGGGCCAGCCGACCAUGGACCAGGGUGGGGUCAAUGGGCACAGGUACCCAGGGGCGGGGGUGGUGAUCAAACAGGAGCAGACGGACUUCGCCUACGACUCAGAUCUCACCGGGUGUGCAUCAAUGUACCUCCACACAGAGGGCUUCCCCGGGCCCUCUCCAGGUGACGGGGCCAUGGGCUAUGGCUAUGAGAAAACUCUGCGACCAUUCCCAGAUGAUGUCUGCGUUGUCCCUGAGAAAUUUGAAGGUCAGAGAAGUGACUGUUCAUGGGAGGGUCAAGGUCUUAUCAUGCUGUGUCCCCGAAGGAGUCACAUCACGUUUCAUGGUUGCAAGAGGGUGGGACCCAUAGAAAAGUGCCUGGGGAGACCCCUUGGAGAAAUCCCUGGGGUGAGGGGAGGCAGUUGCUUGGGGGACCAAAAGACCCAAACCCCACACUUCCUAUUUUCAUGUUCCCCAGGAGACAUCAAGCAGGAAGGGGUUGGUGCAUUUCGAGAGGGGCCACCCUACCAGCGCCGGGGUGCCCUGCAGCUGUGGCAAUUUCUGGUGGCCCUGCUGGAUGACCCAACAAAUGCCCAUUUCAUUGCCUGGACGGGCCGGGGAAUGGAGUUCAAGCUCAUUGAGCCUGAGGAGGUUGCCAGGCUCUGGGGCAUCCAGAAGAACCGGCCAGCCAUGAAUUACGACAAGCUGAGCCGCUCGCUCCGAUACUACUAUGAGAAAGGCAUCAUGCAGAAGGUGGCUGGAGAGCGUUACGUGUACAAGUUUGUGUGUGAGCCCGAGGCCCUCUUCUCUUUGGCCUUCCCGGACAAUCAGCGUCCAGCUCUGAAGGCCGAGUUUGACCGGCCGGUCAGUGAGGAGGACACAGUCCCUUUGUCCCACUUGGACGAGAGUCCCGCCUACCUCCCAGAGCUCGCUGUCCCUGCCCAGCUGUUUGGCCCCAAGGGUGGCUACUCUUACUAGCCCCCAGCGGCUAUUCCCUCUGCCGCAGGUGGGUGCUGCCCUGCGUACAUAUAGUUGAAUUUGGUGUUGGGGAAACCUUCAUCUGAAACCCACAGAUGACUCUGGGCAGAUCCCCACUGUCCUACCAGUUGCCCUGGCCCAGACUCUGAGCUGCUCACCAGUCACUGGAAAGGAAAAGUGGAGAAAUGGCAAGUCUAUAAAGGUGGAGUCUCAGAAACUCCCCUGGGGGCUCCACCUGGGCCCUGGGGAAUUCAGCUCAGCUUCUUCCCAGGUCCUGCUUCCUGUGUCCACGCCCCCUACACCUUUUCCCCAACCACAGAGAACAAGAGUUUGUUCUGUUCUGGGGGACAGAGAAGGCGCUUCCCAACUUAAACUGGCAUGAGGGAGAGGAGGUUCGCUGAGAUCCCCAGAUCGUCCCACUGCGUGGAGACAGAAGCCUGGACUCUGCCCCAAGCUGUGGCCCCGGGUGGGUUCCGGCUUGUCAGUUCUUGGUGCUCUGUGUUUCCGGAGGCAGGGGGAGGUUGAAGAGAGGAACCUGGGAUGGGGGGUGCUGGGUGGAAGCCGAGAGGGAUGGGUUCCUGCUCCAAGGGGCCCUUUGCCUUUCUUCCGCCCUUUCCUAGGCCCAGUUUCCACUUCCACCUCCACCACAUCUACCAGACCUUAAUAAAGCCCCACUUCUCCCAUUAGUUA